AUGUUGAGCCGAUUGAGUCCAGUCGUUGUACUGAGCUGGGCGGCCUUCGCCUCGGCCCAGACAUUUCAGCGACUUGGUACAUGUCCCACAUUGGGUUGUGUUCUGCCUCCAGAUCAGCAAGACUUCCUGCCAGGCCAAUACUUUGACCUCCGUCUGGAAGUCCAUGCGCCCGUCAACGGCUCGGAAGCUUACAACAAUGGUGUACCCGACGAUGCGUUCACCGUGACCAUCUCCAAGGAGGGCGGUGAGGCUCAGAGCAUCACCGACUUUUUUAAUGUCACCGAGCCAGAGAUUGAGAAAUGGACCUUCAAAUGGUACGAGGAUCUUUACGCCGAAGAUGCCAAGACUCCGUCCGUCGUCAACGUCGCCUCCAAGAUUUACAGGCGUAUCGCCAUAUACGAGCCGGGUACAUACACCGUUACUCUCAGCUAUUAUGAUGGCGAGACGACUACUGCCGAAUGGGUUGUCCGCCCUCUGGCCACCACCAAGAAGGCGAAGAACGUCAUUCUCUUCAUUGGUGACGGCAUGACCACCAAUAUGAUAACUGCGGCUCGUCUUCUCGGUCACAAGAGCAUUAAUGGCAAAUACCAGUCCACGAUGCAAUUGGACAAGUUCCCGGUUGUUGGUCACCAGAUGACCCACUCGAUCGACAGCUUUAUUACGGACAGUGCCAACUCUGCUUCGGCCCUCUACUCGGGUCACAAGUCCACUGUGAAUGCCAUGGGUGUCUAUGCCGAUUCAUCGCCUGAUCUCUACGAUGAUCCCAAGGUGGAGACCAUCGUUGAGCUUCUCAAGCGAAUCUGGGGUUCCGCAUGGGGUGCCGUUUCGACGGCGUUCCUCGCCGAUGCAACCCCUAUCGCCCUGACUGCCCACACGCGAUCUCGCUAUGCCUAUGGCCCACUGAUUGACCAGGCUCUCAACUCACUGACUAACUAUACGUGGACAGACCACGGUGGUCCUGAUGUGUAUUUUGGUGGUGGUGCUGAGCAAUUCUACCCCGGCUCCAGCUCGUACCAAGGAAAGGAUUACUAUGCCGCGUUUGCCGAAGCCAACUACACCAUCAGCCUGAACAAGACGAGCCUCGCCAGUUUGCCCGACACGGAAAAGGCUCUGGGUGUUUUCUGCAAGUCAACCAUGCCCGUUUGGCUUGACCGAAACGUCUUUGUGGACAACCUCGAGUCCUUUACCAAUGAUCCUACCGGUGCCAAGGCCCCGGCUCUAGACCUGCCGGGUCUUAAGGAGAUGACGCUCAAGGCAAUCGACAUUUUGCACAACCGCGGCGGCGACAAGGGCUUCUUCCUCAUGUCCGAGGCCGCUUCCAUCGACAAGCAGAUGCAUACGCUCGAUUAUGACCGUGCACUCGGCGAUUUGCUAGAGCUCGACGACACGGUCCGCGCCACCGUCGAACAUCUCAAGGAGAUUGGUGAACUUGAGAGCACGCUCAUUAUCGUUACGGCUGAUCACGGCCAUGGCUUUGACGUGUUUGGAGGAGUGGAUACAAAGUACCUUGCAGAACAGGAGACAGACCGUGAGAAGCGCCGCGCUGUGGGUGUUUACCAGAACUCUGGACUGUCGCAGUACACGGUUGAGCAGCCCGGCAUUAGCUACAACACGGGCCCAAACUUCCCAGUCAACUGGGACCCGAGAUAUGCCAUUGCGGCCGGCAUGGGCGCCAACCCCGAUCACCGGGAAAGCUACCGCGUGAGCAACUCUACACCUCGCACCCCAGCCACGAACACCAGCGGCUUUGCCUCGGACGACUAUUUUGUCAACCCCAAGGACAAUGCCAAUGGCUUCAUUGUCAAUGGCACUUUGCCGACCAAUGAGGCCCAAGGAGUGCACUCAUUGACAGACGUGGCCGUUUUCGCCAUGGGACCGUGUUCCGAGACUUUCGGGGGCGUCUAUGGUAAUAUUGAUGUCUUUUACAAGAUGGCCAACUGUCUGGGUCUCGCGAGACCGGAUGCCAACGAGGGUGGACAUGGCUGUGCUGCAAAGAAAUAA